AUGAAGUCCAGCUUUGUCGCCGUUGUUCUCUCCCUCUUUGCGGGUGUUACCCUCGCCGCCCCUACCGGCACUUCCACAGCCAUGCUCGACGACCGCCAGAUGAAGGCCGUCCAGAUUCUUCACGACAACAAGGCCGCUCUCGGCCUCAGCAAGGAGGAGAUGGAGACUUUCGACAAGUUCAUGGAGGGCAUGAGCAUGCACAAGCGAGAUACACAGGACGGCCCUGCUGACGCUGCUACCUCUGCCCUCAGUGGUGUGACUGACACCGCAAAGGGAGCUCUCGGCGACGUUACCGGUGCUACCAAAGGUGCUACCGAUGGCGCCAAGGGUGCCCUCUCGGGAGUAACUGACACUGCAAAGGGUGCCACGAAGGGUGUUACUGACGCUCUCAGCGGCUUGACUGGGGGUUUGACUGGUGGCGAGAAAGGCGGAGAUAAGGGAGGUAUUUUGGGAAACACUCUUGGAAGCGUUGGCAGCACCGUUGACGGCCUCACUGGUGGCCUGACUGGUGGUAAGGGCGGUCUUGGUGGCACUCUGGGUGGCCUCACCGACACCUUGGGAGGAUUGACGGGAGGUUUGACUGGAGGUUUGACCGGUGGCAAGAAGGGCGGCCUUUUGGGUGGUGCUCUCAUCCCCGGACUUUUGUAG